GAGGAACGCUCGCCAUCCAGCACCCUGACAGAGUUCAAUGAGUGGCUGAAUCGAUAGCGCGGAGAAAAAUCCUCCCGGAGCGUAUCUCCGGGGAUUGAUAGUAUGAAAUCAAAUCGGAUUCUGGUGCUUCUCACGGUAGUCACGUGCUCAUUCCCGUCAGAUGCAUCCUCCGAAGCGACGCCGACGAAUACUCCGCUUCACGGAAAGAUCGCGACUUCUGGAUCACAACUCCUGACUCCCGAUCCGUUUUGUCCCGCCGGAGAGGAGUACGGCGAUCUGAACCAGGAGUCCUCGAAACUGUUCUCCGCCUUCAGUUCCAAUUCGACGCUGAAGUGCUUCAACUGCAAAUUGAGCGGUGACCCAACGCGAGCCUACUGCAGGAAUGCGAAUGUGAACACAAGCGCCUCUGAGCCUGCUUGGGUUUGUUCAGCAGAUUUCUCGGAACAGAAUGUUGCGACACACAAGUUCCAGCUCGACUGCGAAUUCUACCGGAAAUCGAAGACAUGCUAUAAAUUAGGAACCUGCAAGCUGUCCAUCACAGAGGAGGCUAUCGCGAACAUGAGUGAGGAACUUGCAUUCAUUAUCGUCGGCUCGCUCGUAGGCCUCGUCUUGCUUCUGCUCGCAGUCAGAUAUGUCACGCGGAAAACGCAGCAAUCAAGAACGCGAAGGAGAGGUUGGCCGUACAAUUAUCCUAUGCGUCGCGAGGCAUCAACCGAUCUGUACUCGAGAAGCUUCGAGAGCGCCCGUUCUCCCGAUGCGCAUCGAGAUUUCACUUUCAUCAUCAGCGAACCUCCACCAGACAAUCCACCACUCCACAGCGCGAGUCUUCCCCCUCGUCCCAAAAAGCAGAUCAUUAAAACUUCUCUGUGAGAUUCUGGAGGAAAAUCGAAUUUUCGAGGGUAGCUCGAGUUUCGUGUUCAUCUCGGCAAACGUAUA